CCUGUCAACCUGGCUAAGGCCGGCUUCUUCUACGCUGGAAUUUCAGACAACGUGAAGUGCUUUUACUGUGAUGGGGGAUUGAGAAACUGGGAGCCACAAGAUGACCCAUGGACUGAGCAUGCGCGCUGGUUCCCUUUUUGUGAUUUUGUCCUUCAGCGCAAGGGGGAGGAGUUUAUUCGACAUGUUCAACAGCGGUUCGCAUGCCACAGCAACGACACGCCGCAGUUGACCUCUCAAAACCAAGCAGCUAUAACAAAUGUCAGACGACGAGAAGCCGGUCAGUACGUGGUAGAGGCCCGAGAAAUCGAGGCCAGACUGGACAUCCCCAUUGUCCAGGCAGUACUGCAGAUGGGUUAUCCCAGGGACACAGUGAGAAAAGUCAUUGAGAACAGACUGCGGACCACCGGGGACGACUUCCCGAACGCCGAGAGCCUGUUUGAAGCUAUUCUGUCCUAUGAGGAGUGGCAGACGCAAGGAGAGGCACGUGAACAGACUCUGCUAGGUGUCGCUGAACCCGCUCAGGACACUCCCUCACCCAGUCGGACUCCAAAGCCUGCUAAAGAGGAAAAGAAGCGAGGAAAGAAGAAGCAAAAAAGUACAGAGGCCAAAACGACUGUAGGCGAAAAUGACGAAGAAGCCAUAUCUCUCAUAGAGGAGAACCAGCGUUUGAAAGCACAGAUGACGUGCAAGAUUUGCAUGGACGAGGAGGUUAGCGUGGUAUUUCUACCGUGUGGUCACUUAGUUAUCUGUGCACAGUGUGCGCCUGCGCUGAGAAGUUGUCCUAUAUGUACAUCCUUGAUCAGGGCCACUGUAGGAGCCAACAUACCGCAAUUAAGUUAUGAUCCAUGAUUUAUUAUAUAUACUACAGAGCUGGAUAUUCAAGUGCUGACCACAUUUUUUACACAGCCAUCACGUGCGUGUGUCGUAGCCGUGAUUACCAUUGGUAAAUUCAACUAAGGAAUACUUUAUGAAAUCAAUACCCCCAGAAAAUAGAUUUAAAUUGUAAUGUGGCUGCUUAUAGAUUUAAUGCUUAAAAAAGGGAAAAACGAAAAAAAAAAAGAAAUGUUCACUUGUAACUAUUUUUGUAAUGUUUUCACCGUCUGAGUCAUUAUUGGAGCAUCUUAUCCUAUGAACUGCCAUUUCCCAAAGAAAAAAUUCUUUCAUUCUAAUCUUGAGUGCUAUCGUCACUUGUUCCUUAUGCAGCGUUCGGAAAUUAUGUACCCAUACUUACGGUAUUAGCGAAAAUGACACGAAGGUGAGACGCCGACGAUGACGUUGAGAAUUGUGCCAAUUGUGGGAAAUAUCUUAAAAAUUGUUGAUAGAAAAACAUUUUAAGUUUCAAAUCCCGGAAAACUGCCAAUGAGAAUAUUUUUGCCGUUUGCGAAUGUCAUAUUGUCCACCACAGAAGAAAAAAAUCACACUGGUUAGAGGCAACGCGUCCCUUAGUAAAAAAACAGAGUAAGAACAGAUAUCUGACCAGUUAUCAUGACACAGGCCAUCGAAUGGAUGGAAAUGCCGAACAGUAAUUAAUUUUUUACAGCGUCAAAAGACUGAAGUGUGAUUCCUACAUUUCAGAUAGUAAUAUGCGA